AUGCUGGCUCGACAGGGGUUCGGGAGAGUAGCCAGGGAGCUGGGGAGGAGGAGGAUGAGCACUGGGGAGGAGAAGAUCCUGAGCGAGGUGAAGGAAGGAGUUGCCUUCCUCACCCUCAACGACAACAGCAAGAGGAACGCCCUCUCCUUCAGCCUCAUGACGGAGCUCCGAGACAAGAUCCAGUCCUUCGAAGAGGACCGCAGCGUGAAGGUAGCGGUCCUGCGGCACGCGGGGAAGGUCUUCAGCAGCGGGCAUGACCUCAAAGAGCUCUCCAUGCUGCAGAAGACUGUCGGGAGCACAGAGAAAGUCUUUGCAGCAUGCUCGGACCUCAUGUUAGCGAUACGCAAGGUGAGGUAUCCUGUGAUCGCCGAGGUCAGCGGACUAGCAACAGCGGGUGGCUGUCAGCUGGUUGCAGCGUGUGACCUGGCGGUUGCGUCCGAGGAAGCAACAUUUUCAACCCCGGGUGUCAAGAUUGGGCUCUUCUGCACAACUCCAGGAGUUGCCAUCGCGCGCUCUAUGCACGCCAAGCAUGCCAUGUCGAUGCUGCUCACCGGCGACAUGCUCACGGCAGAGCAGGCGUUGUCUUACGGUCUAGUGAACCAAGUGACCACCCCGCAUGCCCUGCAAGCGACGACAGAAAGUCUGGCGAUGAAGAUCGCUGCGGCUCCUUCCGAGACCAUCUCCAUCGGCAAGGCAGCGUUCUACAAGCAAGCAAGUAUGGAAGACCUUGUGGCAGCAUAUGAGUACGGCAAGGGCGUGAUGGUCAACAACAUGAAGAUAGCGGACGCCGAAGAAGGAAUCGGAGCUUUCAUUGAAAAGAGAAAACCAGUUUGGAAAACAUAA